GGCCUGGGGCGACCGGGUUAGCCGCUGCCUGUCCCCACCCUCUCUCAGUUUGAGCUCAUCCUUAAUGUCUGCGGACUCUAAGUUCUCCGUGACCUCCAGGGGAGCGUUCACCGUACCCCGCACCCACCGUCUCGUCCUCGGUUCCCUGCAGACCCAGAAGGGUCCCCUGGCGUCACCAUGGAUCCAGAGUGCUCCAGGUUACUCCCACCCCUCUGUGCCCUUCUGGCUGACCCCAGGCAGCCAGUGGCAGAUGACACCUGUUUGGAAAAGCUGCUGGAUUGGUUUAAAACGGUAACUGAAGCAGGGUCCAGUCUUUUGUUAUUACAGGAGAAUCCUUGCCUGGUAGAGCUGCUAUUCCAUAUGCUGAAACCCCUGGACCUUCACUCCAGAGUCCUCUCCUUCUCACUCCGCCUCACAGGAGUAUUUGCAGCCCAGGAAGACUGCUUCCAGUAUCUUCAGCAGGGGGAGUUGCUGCCUGGCCUCUUUGGAGAGGCAGGCCCCCUGGGCCAAGCAGCCUGGACUGCCCCUGGUGUGCGCAGUGGCUGGAUCCAGGGCCUGCGCUCCCUGGCCCAGCACCCCAGUGCCCUACACUUCCUGGCCAACUGUGGUGCUGUUGAUACCAUCUUCUCCCUUCAGGGAGACCCCAGCCUGUUUGUGGCCUCGGCAGCCAGCCAGCUCCUGGUGCACAUCCUUGCUCUGUCAAUGCGCAGCCUACCUGGGGAGCAUCCUAGCCCACAGACUGCCGACUGGCCGCCGUGUGCCCAGAAGAUCGUGGGUCACAUUGAAGAGUCCUUGCGCUCGAUGGUUCCUCCAAGGAUCACACAGGCCCUGAACGUCCUGACUACCACUUUUGGGCACUGCCACAGUCCAUGGGCCGAAGUCCUUUGGGUGCAGCUGAGUCCCCUUGUGACCUGUCUGCUUGAGAAAGACCCUGUCCCGGCCGCACACUCGCUGGUGGACCUUCUCCUCAGCGUGGCCCGUUCUCCUGUAUUGAGUUCAUCAGACUGUGGCCUGUGGGAGAUACUGGCACAGACACUGAGCCACCUGAACCCUACACAUGCAGGGCCUCUGGCUUUGGGGAUCCUGAAACUGCAGGACUGCCAACAGGCACUGAGGGCCCAGGCCUUUGGUGUUCUCCUCCAGCCCCUCGCCUGUAUCCUGAAAGCCACAACUCAGGCUCCUGGGCUCCCAGCUUUGCUGGAUGGGACUGAGGGUGACUCAGUGACAAUGGAUGUGCUUCUGUCCUCCAAGUCAGCCUAUGUGGGUCUCCUGUGCCGGACUCUGGCCCACCUGGAGUUGCUGCAGCCACUGCCUCAGUGUCCUUUGCCGUGGCCCCAGGCGCCUCUCCUUGGAGCGGUGGUGACAGUAUUGAGGUUCUGCAAUGGCUCAGCAGCCCCCACCUCUGAUGUGGGGGGCCGCCUCUGUGCCAUCCUGGUGGGCUGUGUCCGGGUCCAGCGAGCAGCCCUGGACUUCCUGGGGACUCUGUCUCAGGGAACAGGCCCACCAGAGUUGGUGACACAGGUGUUUGCCAUUCUCCUGGAAUAUCUCCAGAGCCCUGACUCCAGCCCCACGGUUCUGAAAAAGACCUUCCAGGCCACAAUGGGGUGGCUCCUGAGCUCACCCAUGACCCCCAGCAGUUGUGAUCUAGACUUUCCUAUCCAGCUGUUCCUCAAAGAACUGCUCCCUGUGCUGCAGAAGCGCCUGUGCAGCCCCUGCUGGGAGGUGAGAGACUCGAGCCUGGAGUUCUUGACCCAGAUAACCAGACACUGGGGAGGGCAGGCUGACUUCAGACGCGUGCUUCUUGCCUCAGAAGUGCCCAAACUUGCCAACCAGCUCCUGAGAGACCCUGAAAGCUACGUCCGCGCAAGUGCAGUGACCACCAUGGGGCAGCUCUCUAGUUGGGGGCUGUACACCACCCCCACCAGCUCUGAGCACCCAUGGGGCCAGGAGACAGGACUGCUCAUGGAGCUUCUGCACAUCCUCUCUGCUGACUCAGAGGGCUUCCCUCGCCGGGCUGCCAUGCAGGUCUUCACUGAGUGGCUGAGGGAUGGCCAUGCUGAUGUGGUCACUGACUUGGAGCAGUUUGUGACCAGAGUGCUCCAGGUGGCAAGCCAAGACCUGGAUUGGGAAGUCCGGGCCCAGGGCCUGGAGCUGGCACUGGUGUUCCUGGUGCAGAUCCUGGGCCAGCCUGGUGCUCAUUGUCCCUACACUGCAACCCUUCCCAAGGUGGCCCCACCUGGCCCACAGAUCCAGGCCCUACAGUCUCUCUGCCGAGUGCGGCUGUUUGAGUUUGCCUUUCGUGCAUUGUUUGACUGUGACCGACCCGUGGCCCAGAAGUCCUGUGACCUCCUCCUUUUCCUGAGGGCCAAGACUGCUCCCUGUGAUAACCCACAGGAGGUGGGGAGCAACCCUGACACGGCUGCUGUGGAGGCUGCUCUGCAGAGAUGGCAGGCAGGUGAGCAGGGCCAGUCCCUGGGGGACCUGGAGCCUAAGGCUGUGCUUGCUGUGCUGAGAUCUCUGGACCUGGAGGGCCUUAGGGGGGCACUGGCAGAGAGCAGUGACCACGUGGAGAAGAGUCCUCAGUCACUGCUGCAGGACAUGCUGGCCACCGCAGGCAUCUUGGGGGAGAAUGAGGCUGACUGCUACUGAGGUGACCUGGGGGCUACUUCCCACCCAGCCUACCCCACUGCACCAUAUCCCUGCCUUAGGCCCCAGUUAUCCUGAGAGCUCCAGCCGGCCUGGCUGCACAGGGAAUCCUCCAGGAAAACUGGGACUAGGAAAGACCAGAGAGAUCAAAGAGUUCCACAUUGUGAUGUAUUUUUAAAGUCAUGGUUUAUUUUCUACUCAAAAUAAAUGGUCUUUGACAGUGCCACUGAGUCAGCACUGUGUUUUGGAAGUGCUCACCUAUAGAUCCCAGGUCUAGUGGAGCUUAGAGAAGUGUCUGAGGAAGGAUUCUUCUGCAGGGCAGGCUUGUGUUUUGUGGACAUGAAGGGUGUGGGGUCUCUACUUGGACUCCACUGUGCCCCAGGAAUGCCCACAAGUCAGAGAGCAAGCAGCAGACUGGAAAGUGUCUGGCCUUGGACUCUGGCCCCUCGCAAUUGUGGUCCCAGGUACAACCAAGACCAGGGAGUUCCAACCUCUGAAUCUCCAGGAUCACCCUGAGCAGUUCAAAGUCUCCCCUCACACUGACCAGGCAGGAUGAGGAGGACUUGAGAUCAGGCCAGGCCCUGGGAAGCAAAAUGUACACCACCCCAACCCUCCCACUUCCAGGCCCUGUGACCUUGGUACACUGCUUCCUCUUAGAACUUGUUUGCUCAUCUGCAAAUGGGGAUUUUGCCAUUUGCUUUCCAGAGGUAAUGUUCUAGAGUUCUAAAGAAGAAACCUCAAGAGAAUUUAAAAAUAUUUUUAACUAUGUGGACAUGGAACAAAAUUUGUGUGAUAGAGCAGAAGCAGAGCUUAGUAGCAAAUUUGGAGCAUUGAAUUCAUAUAUUAGAAAAAAAGAAACAUUUGCACUUUAGAAAUCUAGAAAAAGAAGAACAAAUUAGAUUCUAAUCUUCGGCCUUAGGAAGCUAGGAAAUUGAAAAAAGAACAAAUUUAAUUCAAAGUAAGCAGAAAAGGACAAUAAACAAUGAACUUAAGACCAGGAAAAUCAAUGGAGAAAAUCAAGUAAAUCAAAAGCUGGUUCUUUGAAAAGAACAAUAAAAUUGGUAAUCCUGUACGCAGGCUAAGAAAAAAAGGGGACUCAAAUAGUUUCUAUCAAACAAAAGAUGGGGCAUCACUACAGAUCCCAGACAUUAAAAGUAUAAUAAAGGAAAACUGAAUAACUUAUACUGGCACAUUUGAUAACCUGGUGAAAUGGACCACUUCCUUGAAAGACAGUCUGCCAAAACUUGCACUAGAAGAGACAGACUAUUUGAAUAGACUUAUCCCUAUUAAAUUGAAUCAGUGAUAAUAAUCUUACAAAAGUGAAUUCUAUGAAACAUCCAAGGAAGAAAUGAUUCCUAUUCUCCACAGUCUCUUCCAGAAGAUAGAAGCAAAGGGAGUAAUUCCUUACUCAUUCUAUGAGCCCUACAUUUCCCUAAUAAAACCAGACAUUCCAAAAAAAACUACAGAACAAUCUCUUUCAUGAAUAUAGAUGCAAAGAUCUUCAACAAAAUAGCAAAUUGAAUCUGACAAUAUUUGAAAAGGAUCAUAGACCAAGAUCAAGUGGGAAUUAUCCCAGGUGUGCAAGUCUUUUU